CAGGGGGUGAGGUUCGAUCCUGACCUGCCCCAGACCCUCCGCUUGGAGUUCGCAAAGUCCAACACCAAAGUGACCAAACCCAAGCAAGCCUCCCCCCAGCCAGCCGCCCCCCACCCCGCCACGCUCAUCCACCCCAUCACUGGACAAGAGCUGGGAGCUGCCUUUUUCCCCGGCGGCCCUGAGGCCUGGGCCACGCCCACCGCCCUGGCCCCGUUCCCCGAGUUGAGUCCGGCCCCUCCCCCCACGGCUGGGAUCCCACACCCCGCACUCAUUCCGCACCACCCCGCCGCACUUGCGCAAAUGCCACUCAGGGUUAGUAUCACCUCUUGUUGUAUUCCUACGCUAGAUCUAGACUCGACCAGUCGGAACUACUUUCUUUCUUUUUUUUCUUUUUUUUCUUUUUAGUUUCUCCUUUCUUGCCGUUGUUGUUGGUCGUUGAUUGGUUUGAAUUUGAAUUUUGUUUUUCUCUGUCGAUUUGUUUUUCCCUUUUUUUCCUUUUUGUUGUUGUUGUUGUUGUUUGGAUUGAUGAUUGACUGUGUAGCAAAGGCUUUUAAAAAUGGUUUUGAUUGAAUCAGCUUGCACGAAAAUGAAAGCUACGCUGUUUUAGAGUGAUGAACGUUGCCUUAUCUGAUUUGGCUUUUUAAACAUUUUAAAGCAUUUAAUGUUUAGAUUUUUUUUUAAUAACAAAGGAACACAUGCUUGGUUUCUUCAGUGAUGUAGACCGCUACUCGCACGCUGGCUUACUUCCGGUGUAUCAGGCUAUUUAUAGAACAUCAGGUUAGCUUGAGGUUAGCUUCCUAGGACGAAGUGUGUUGAAAAGUCUCAGAGUGCCACAGUUCCCAGCUGGCCAAACUGAACUAACGCCUGGCAUGCUCGGUGGUCUCUCCUUCUCUCACUCUCUGCGCAUGCGUUGUUGAUGAGAUGAGUGCAUUUGUCUGUCCGUGUGCCCUGAUUGACUUUUAGUUCGGACCUUUCUUUGGUUUUGUGUGUGUGUGUGUUUGUGUGUGUGUGUGUGUGUGUGUGUGUGUGUGUGU